AGCUGCUGUAUUUUUGAUCACAUUUCUACCAUACGAACUUCUUGUGCUUGUUUUGCCGUUUUGCAAAUGGAACCAAUGUGCAUCUUGAAUUAGAGACCUUCGUCACUGAAAACCAGAGUGUAGAAUUUCACCCUAACAUUGAAGAAACACAGUCCAAGGCCAUUUUCAUUGUAUCACCCACCUAAUAAAUAACAAAAAGAAUCAUGGCAAGUAACGGAACUAGUGAAGAAACAGAACCAAAAGAGCAGAAGAAAGAAGAGGAAUUCGACUUUUUUGCUCCUCAUCCAAAUCCCAAACCACGAGUGAAAAACUCUUUUUUUGAAAUGGUGCCUGAUGCAUAUUCAGAAAAAUCACUCGCUUUCACAGGUGAUCAGAGGAGAGUGAAAAAAGUUCCUGAGCCAGAACCUGAAGAAGAGAAAGAAACAGAACCGGAACCGGAACCUGAACCUAUAAUAGAAGAAAUUGUUGAAUCUAAAGAAUAUUGUGUGGUUGAUGCUCAACCAUGGGACACUUCCAAAGGGAGUGCUCAGUCCAGACUUUUCUUAAAAGGUGGAAAAAUCGUCAAUGACGAUCAGACUUUUUACGCAGACGUCUACAUUGAAGAUGGCAUCAUCAAGCAACUUGGUCAAAACUUGGUUAUACCUGGGGGUGCCAGAACUAUCGAUGCUAAAGGAAAGCUCAUUAUUCCAGGUGGUAUUGACCCCCACACGCACAUGCAGCUUCCAUUUAUGGGAACAACAGCAGCAGAUGAUUUCUACAGUGGGACCAAGGCGGCCUUAGCAGGUGGAACUACCAUGAUAAUUGACUUUGUAAUAGAUCAGAAGGGAGUAUCUUUGUUAGAUGCUUAUGAAAAAUGGCGAGGAUGGGCAGAUGCCAAAGUUUGUUGUGAUUAUGCCUUACAUGUUGGUGUUACGUGGUGGAGUGACCAGGUAGCAAAAGAAAUGGAAAUUCUUUGUAAAGAAAAAGGUGUAAACUCGUUUAAAGUAUUUAUGGCAUAUAAAGAUGUGUUUAUGUUACCUGAUGAUGAUAUGUAUGCUGUAUUUAGGAAAUGUAAUGAAUUAGGUGCUGUGCCUAUGGUGCAUGCAGAAAAUGGUCAUCUUAUUGAUAUUAAAUCUAAAGAAAUGGUUUCCAAAGGUAUAACAGGACCAGAAGCACAUGAAAUGUGUCGACCAGAAGAGGUUGAAGCUGAAGCAACACAGAGAGCUAUAACUGUAGCUAAUCAAGCUAAUGCUCCACUGUAUGUAGUACAUGUUAUGAGUAAGAGUGCAGGUGAAGUAGUAGCUAAUGAAAGAAGAAAAGGUAAAGUUGUUUUUGGUGAAGCACUGGCUGCUGGUUUAGGUACUGAUGGAACUCAUUACUGGAAUAAAUGUUGGAGACAUGCUGCAGGUCAUGUGAUGGGACCACCUCUUCGUCCUGACCCUAGCACUCCUGGUUACCUCAUGGAUCUCUUAGCAAAUAAUGAUCUGUCUGUAUCUGCUACUGAUAAUUGUACAUUUAAUGCUGAUCAGAAAGCUAUUGGUAAAGAUGAUUUUAGAAAUAUACCUAAUGGAGUUAAUGGUGUAGAAGAUAGAAUGUCUAUUAUUUGGGAAAAAGGAGUUAGAUCUGGUAAAAUGGACCCAUGUAGAUUUGUAGCUGUAACUAGUACUAAUGCUGCUAAAAUAUUUAAUCUCUAUCCUAAAAAGGGUCGUGUAGCAGUAGGUUCGGAUGCUGAUAUUGUUAUCUGGGAUCCUAAUGAGAAGAGAACUAUUUCAGCUAAAACACAUCACCAAGCUGUAGAUUUUAAUAUAUUUGAGGGUAUGACCGUACAUGGUGUACCUUUGUAUGUUAUAACAAAUGGACAAGUUGUCUUAGAUGAAGGACAGUUAAAGGUGACCCAGGGAUUAGGAAGAUUUAUUGAAACACCUUGUAAUCCAGAAUAUGUUUAUGGUAAAAUACGAACCAGGGAACAAAUGUGUCAGCCACAAAGAGUAGAGAGAGAAGAUUAUACUGGACCUGUUAUAGAAGUAAUGCACGAAGUUUUAGCUAAUAAAGUACAAUCAGCUAAUCCUAUUACACCUAAAUCACCUGAAUCUUUCCAUAAUAGAAGUAAAGUAGAUGGAGUACGCAAUAUGCAAGAAUCUAGCUUUCAGUUAAGUGGUGCUCAGAUUGAUGAUGAUAAACCAAGACGAGGACAUACUCGGGUAGCUAACCCACCUGGAGGUAGAUCAACUGGUUUAUGGUAAUUUUUGGUGUGCAAUCAUAGUGAAGGCAUCUGUUUCAUUUAUCAACCAUGAAGAAGAAAAGUGCUGAAUUAAUAAAUCAUGGUUUAAUGGGUUGAUGGCUGAUUAAAUCAUGGAUGUUUUUAGAAAGAUAGCCAUUUUUUACAUGCACUCAAAAAUUUUAAAUUUGUUUUAUCUGCCCAUUUUAUCUACCAAAUAGAGUCUUAUACUUCUCAGUGCUAUUAUGUCAAUAUUAUAUUAAAAUUAUAUACUAUGGUUUUAAUUAACGCAUUUUAAAUAUUGUGUCCGACAUUAUAUGUCAAGUUCUAAAUAUCGCUUUAACAAAUAUGCUCUUUGUCAUCAGUAUGGUAAUAAUCUAUAAUAGAGGAUGAUCCAUGUAAACAGCGUCCAUGUUUUUGUGUACUUGUAUCAUUCCUAAAUUGAAAGAUUUCAAGAGUGUUUAAAAUGUACCAAAGGCUUUCGUGUGUCCCAUCAUUCAUGUAGUUGUUGAACUAGGGCAUGUGUGUUUCAUCACAACUAAAUCUAAUUCGCAAUUUCUUUCGAUUUAUGCACUGCUUGUUUAUCUUGUGAAAGGUCAACAGAUAAAAUGGACAAAGAUAUGUAUAUCAAGUUUAUGUCAAUUGUGAUUCAUUAUUCAUUUAGUGCAUUAAAAUAAUUAAUACAUACAUCCCCCCCUCUUCAUUUGUAUACAUUGUAGGCAAAUAAGGCCUUAAUUAUCAAUAUAAUGUUAAUUUAUUUAACGUAACUUUAGUGAUUAUUAGAUGGUAUACGGUGUGUAGACUAUAGUUAAAGAACUUUUUGUUUAAAGUUGUAUUAAUACAUAAUAUAAUUAUAGACGUUGAGUAUAAGCUUUAGACGAUUUCUAGGUUUUUUUUACGUAGACAUAAUUUUAACAUCUCUCAGAUUGUACAUUUGUUUAUGUUUUAAAACAAUUUAAUGUUUUUAUUGAAAUGUUAUUUUUUACUUUUAGAUUAUGCAUUAGUAAUUAUCUUUGUUUAUUCUCUUUUAUAGAUGUCUAUCUCUUUGCAUUUUACCAAAUUAUAUUGAGAUGCCUUAAUAUGAAUGAUUUCUAUAGAUUGAUUUCAAAGAUAUUCAAUGAAUAUUUUAAUUUAAAUCCAUUUUGUUCUCUUAUGGCAUAGCUAAGAAUUUUCAGAAUUAAAUCAGAAUUUAUUUUAAAUGUUUGUUUUGAUGCUAUUGCUGGUAAGUGUCUGAAGUCAAUAAAAGCAUUUGUCUCAUGUUUAAAUUUA